GUCGGGGUUUUCAAUUUAGUAAUUUUCGUUCUAGUCUAAGUUUGUGUUUGUUGGUUUUGAACAAGCCAUGCCAGAGGUUCAUAACUCUAACAACAUUACAACCAUUGAUGAAUCUCAACAGGCUCCUGAAUGGCUAACCAAGGAUUUCCUCGAGGGUAAACUGAGAGUUUUCCACAAGGAUCCCAGUCUGCAAGUGGUGUCUAUGACUCUUUGUCCCGCCACGGGAAAGGGCGAGAACUAUGCUAGUGUCAUGACUAGGGUGGCUCUGCAAUAUAAGAUGCGAGGUGACAGUGAACCGAAAUCAGGGUCGUACAUCGUCAAAAGCUCUUUCGAGGGAGAUGAAUUUGCCACCGAGAAAAUUAAGCCCUAUGAUAUCUACAACCGGGAAAUGGAAAUCUACGAAAAAAUCAUUCCCAAGCUCAACGCGUUGCUCGAAGAGAUAGGUGAUACCGAUAAGAUGUUCCCAGAAACCAUUGCCGUAGAAUACGAUCGUUCGGCAAUGGUGUUUGAGGAUCUUUCGCAGCGCCAAUACAUUAUGUGUGACCGGACUAAAGGCUUGGAUAUGGAACAUACAAAAAUGUGCCUGAGAAAGUUGGCAAAGAUGCAUGCUACUUCUGCUGUUUUGAACGAGCGGGAGCCGGGAACUUUCAAGGCCUACGAUCGUGGCAUGUUCAACCGACACACCGAUUCUUUUAGUCCGUUUUUCGUAGGAGCUCUGGAUGCUUGCGGAAGAAUGGUCAGCCAAUGGGAAGACUUCAAGUAUUAUGGAGAAAAGUUGCUUGCACUUAAACCAAAGCUCAUGGAAUAUGGCAAACAAGUCUUCGAUGCAAUCGAUGGCCAUGUUAAUGUUCUGGCUCAUGGAGAUUUUUGGACAAACAAUGUUAUGUUCAACGAGGGACCAAACCACCAUCCCAACGAUGUGAUUCUAAUAGAUUUCCAAUACAGUUGUUGGGGAUCACCUGCUAUUGAUCUGCAUUACUUCUUCAACACAUCGCUUGUUGAAGAAAUGCGAUUGCAUCAGCAAGACGAACUUAUUCAGUAUUAUUACAACAUUUUUACUGGAAUUUUAAAGGCUCUUCGGUUCCGAGCCAAAAUUCCCAGCUUACAUCAAUUCCGGUUGCACAUGGCUGAGAAAAGUUUCUAUGCUUUCACGUCUGGAUGCUUGGUGCAGGCAGUCAUGGUAAACGAAGAAACCGAAGAUGCUGAUUUUCAUUCCUUAAUGGGCGAAGAUGAAAGAGCUUUGAAUUUCAAGAAUACAAUUUUCCGAAAUGAAAGAGUGCAAAAGAAUCUUAAGAGGCUAUUGCCAAUGUUCGACCGAUGGGGUUUGUUGGAUCAUAGAGAUUAAAAUAAAGGGCUUAAGUGAUCUCUCUGAUGGAUGGAACAUCCAUAGAUGUUUUAAAAGGCUUAGUAUUACGUAUGUAGUUUUUGUAAGAAAUUAGCUACUUUAAUAAGUACCUAGAAUUAAAUUAAGUACAUAAAUAAGUGCCUAUGGUGAUUAAGGA